AUGAAGCAAUUCUCCGCCCUUCGCCACUCCCGAAGACUUCUCUUUGGCGGCAUCGGCACAGGCAUCUGCUACGGAGCUUUUGCGGCACACUCUUCUGUUCGGUUGGACUCUCGGCGAAAGCAAUCUGCAGCAGCUCCCACUCAGUAUGCCGCGAAAUCUGUGGAACCGCUGCCUUCUCCUGAGAUCAUCCGCCAGAUCUCCUCUGGCAGCGUUGUUGGUUAG